UAUUAUGCCCAAGGUGAUAGACUGAGCUAUAUUAUUACCAUCAAGUAGAAACUUGAAGUUGUAUGACUUUUGAGUUGUUUAUAGAAAUGGCUCUCUUUUAUUAACUUGCCUUCUAACAAAAAAAAAGCUUUACCAAGCAGUUGAAAAGUGUAGCUCCCAAGCACUUUCAGGGACUGUUUAAAUGACAAGGUAAGAUUGUUGCUCUCUUCUUUUUCCCCAAAGAUACAGCAAUGAAAAAUGAGUGCUUUAUUAUAAAAAUUGGAAAAGAUGAGUCUGGUUUGGUGGCCAGACCCAGAAUUUUGUUUAGCAACUGCUUUUCUGUCCUAGAGAUGAAUCCCAGUGAUUCUGUGUCACGCCUGUUCCUCCUGAUUUUCCUGUGCUUAUUUACAGAUAUGGUCACCACAAUCACCUUGUUCCUUUUUCUCUCCCUCCAACUCUGUGUUAAAUUCCAGCAAGCAAGCUGGGGGUGACCUGACCUGCCUUGGAAAGGAAGGACUGGUCAGAAAUCCGGGUGUUGUUAAGAAGUCUUGCUGUAGAAAUCAAAUACAGCAUCAGAAUCCCCCCUUCUGAUGAAUUUAGGAGGUGUGCAUGUUUUGCCUUGUAUCACUGAUUCUAUUUUGAUUAAUGGCAUUAAAGUUACAAUUUUUAAUUCUUAUGAAGGUUGCACCUAAUCAUCUUGGCAAGUGGUUCAACAAAUGUCUGCUGUUUGGAUUGCAACUCUUGCAUCUGAUAGCUGCUGGACGUGAUUUAAUGCAGCUGAAGGCUAGAACUAACAAUCAUUAUAGCCUGAAAAGUGCACCAAGUUCACUGUGCUUUUUUUCCUCUUCAGUCUAAAGACCGAUUAAUGCUCAUCAGAUGCUACUUGAAAAUCGUUUUCAUUGUAUUAUGAUUAAAGAAAUAGUUUAAAGGAGAGGUGAGCCCUGAGGCAGGCCCGUGCUCUUUAACCCGUGAGAGGUCGUUUUUUUUUUUUACUAAGGAUUUACUUUAGCCGUGUUUCCUCUGUACCCCACCCCCAUCUUGCUGAGUGAUAGCACAGAUGUAGCUCGUUUUGAGAAUACAAGGAUAGGAGGGAAAGGGGCUAGGGUGAAGGCAGGAAUCUUCAGCCAUGCUUCCAGACUCCUCAGGGUUGUUCCAAGUCAUUUCUCCCUAGUACCACCGGUGCCUUUCCCACCUGAAGGUGUGAUGCCAUCGCCUCUAGCCCUGUGUCGCUACCUCCCUGGUGAGUUGUCACCCUCGGUGGACUCGCGACCCUGCAGCAGCCCCUUGGUGGUCCCGAGGAAGGUUGGGAAGCUCUUUCUGGGAGCCACACCUCCUCGGGCCCCACGGCUGCCACGCAGGCUGGCCUGGUGCUCCAUCGACUGGGAACAGGUAUGCUUGCUGCACAGGCUAGGUUCUGGAGGGUUUGGUUCGGUGUACAAAGCCACUUACCACGGUGUUCCUGUGGCCAUAAAGCAAGUGAACAAGUGCACCAGGAACCUACGUGCUUCCCAGCAGAGUUUCUGGGCUGAACUCAACAUUGCAAGACUGCGCCAUGACAACAUAGUCCGGGUUGUGGCUGCCAGCACGUACACGCCCGAAGGCUCUAACAGCCUGGGUACCAUAAUCAUGGAGUUUGGGGGCAAUGUGACUCUACACCAAGUCAUCUACGGUGCCACCCGCUCUCCAGGGCAUCUAAGCUGUAGCCGAGAACAACUGAGUUUGGGGAAGUGCCUUAAGUAUUCCCUAGAUAUUGUUAACGGCCUGCUUUUCCUCCACUCACAAAGCAUUUUGCACUUGGACCUGAAGCCAGCGAAUAUUUUGAUCAAUGAGCAGGACGUCUGUAAGAUCAGCGACUUCGGCUGCUCUCAGAAGCUGCAAGAUCUGUGGUGCAGGCAGACGCCCCCUCACCACAUAGGCGGCACCUACACGCACCAAGCCCCGGAGCUCCUGAAAGGAGAGACCGCCACGCCCAAAGCCGACAUCUACUCUUUCGGCAUCACCCUCUGGCAGAUGACCACCAGGGAGGUGCCUUACUCAGGCGAGCCUCAGCAGGUGCAGUACGCUGUGGUGGCCUAUAAUCUGCGCCCGUCGCUGGCGGGGGCCGUGUUCACUGCCUCCCCGACCGGGCAGGCGCUGCAGAGCAUCCUCCGGAGCUGCUGGGAGGCCCGCGCCCUGCAGAGGCCGAGUGCAGAGCUGCUCUUGAGGGACCUGAACGCUUUGCGAGAGGCAUUGGGCUGACUCCGUCCAGCCUAUGCUUUUUUGUUUCUGUUUAUUUUUAAAGAAGUAAGGAUGGUGUGAAAGAAAACAUACCCCUAGGGCAUAUUUUUAGAAAAUAAAGUUACUGAAAACUUCAA